AUGAAAUGGGAAAUGGAGGUCGAAGAGAUUGAAGCAGUGCUUGAGAAAAUCUGGGACUUACAUGACAAGCUCAGCGAUGCUAUUCACUCCAUUUCAAGAGCUCACUUUCUCAAUUCAAUCAAAUCCCUCAACCGAAAAUCCCCCGAUACUGAUUUCUUUUCCUGCCGAAAUUCCUCGGAGAAAAAGAAAUUCAAUGAUUCCGAUGUCAAUCAGAGAAGCGGCUUCGUUUUCAUGAAGGAUUUCCGGGCUGACGACAAUGACUCUGCUCUUGAAGAGGCUAAGAGUCUCAAUGCGAUUCGAACAGCCCUCGAGAAUCUCGAAGAUCAGCUCGAGAUCUUCCAUACGGUACAGACACAGCAGAGGGCAGAGAGAGAUGCUGCUGUUGCACGACUAGAGCAAAGCCGGGUGGUUCUUGCAAUGAGAUUGGCUGAGCACCAAGGUAAGAAGUACAAAGUGAUUGAUGAAGCGCUAGCUUUUGUAGGAGAUGUACGUGAUGCUGCUCGCAUUGGUUCACCUGAGAACCUUUAUGCUUCAGCUCCAUGUCAAUCUGGUGAGAACUUUGUGACACAAGAAGGGAGAAGGUCUAAUGUUCUCAUCAAAUUUCUCAUGUCUAGUAUUAAUUUUGCCAAGAAAUCCCUUAAAUUGGAACACAUGGGUGGGAUAUUGGGGAAUGCUGCUUUCUUUGCAGUCAGUAUGAUUGCAUUGCUCCAACUGCAUCAAGUAUCUUGUAAGGACAAAUUCAUUUCAGACCUCCCACAGAGGCAAGAAGAUGUUAUCUACAACAGAAAUGCGAGACGGCUCAAGGGUUCUUCCAAUGGUCUUUCAAGCCACUUAGAUGUCUUGUCAGCCAGAGGGUAG